AUGCGGUUCGAUGCAACCCCUGAUGCUCCGAUCGAAGAUCAGCCUGUUAUCGGUAUCAUAGGUAUGGGUGAAAUGGGCAAGAUGUACGCCAAAGUAUUAUCUGCAGCGGGGUGGGCUAAAAUCAAUGUUUGUGACCGUCCGGAGAACUUCGAUCAACUCACCCAAGACAUGAAAGAUGUUCCCGGGAUAAACGUCCUACGUGAUGGGCACCGAGUGUCAAGGACAGCAGAUUGGGUUAUGUAUGCUGUUGAAGCUCAAUUCAUGGAUAAAGUAGUGGCAGAAUAUGGACCGUCCACUAAAGUCGGCUCCAUUGUUGGGGGGCAGACUUCCGUUAAAACACCAGAGAAAGAGGCUUUCGAAAAAUAUUUGCCGGAAGACGUCCAUAUUAUUUCAUGUCACUCGCUUCAUGGCCCUACGGUAUCUCCUGAAGGGCAGCCAUUGGUGAUAAUUCGUCACCGCGGUCCGGACUGGGCACUUAAGCUCGUGGAGAACAUACUUCGCCCGUUCCGCUCGCAUUUUGUGUAUCUGUCAUACGAAGAUCAUGACCUAGUAACCGCAAAUACGCAAGCAGUUACUCAUGCCGCUUUUCUGAGUAUGGGUACAGCGUGGCAUUGUUCCCAGUCUUAUCCCUGGGAACAGGGCUUGUACGUCCGAGGGAUAGAAAUCGUCAAGGUCAACAUCAUGCUCCGGAUUUAUUCGAACCAGUGGCACGUUUAUGCGGGGCUAGCAAUACUAAAUCCAGCUGCGCGCGGUAUGAUCAAGCAGUACUCAGCCAGCACGACAGAGUUGUUUAAACUAAUGCUGGCUGGGGACAUCAAGGGACUUCGGGAGCGCGUGUAUAAAGCGCGCGAAGCCUUGUUUGGGCCUCAUCGGAGGGUUACCCCGAUCUUGCUUAGCGAGGAUGUACUGGACAAAUUUGGGAUGUCAUGUGUCGAAGCUGAUGGAUCUCCGACGAAAUCAACUGGUAAUAAUGCGCUCCCUGGUACAAUUUCAAGAGAGUCCAAUUCUCGACCACCUAGCACCAACUCACACCUUUCCCUUCUUGCGAUGGUAGACUGCUGGGCAGCGCUCAACAUUGACCCUUUUGAACAUCUCUCGCUGGCCGCCACGCCUCUGUUUAGGAUGUGGAUUGGGGUUGCCGAAUACUUGUUCCGCUCCGAGGAACGUUUAGACGCCGCACUCAGUGCGGCUGUCCAUAAUGUCUCUCAUCGCUCGGAUGACCUCGAGUUUGUUGUCGCGGCCCGUGGAUGGAGCCAGUGCGUAACAUUUGGAAGCUUUGAACUUUACAAGGACAGGUUCCAGCAUACUCAGUCGUUCUUCCAACCCCGGUUUGCGGAAGCAACGGCCAUUGGGUCCAAGAUGAUUAAGACUAUCCUUGAUAAUGCGCCACCCACCCCAUCUGAAUAG